GUGAAGCGAAGAUACGGGUCUAGAGUUUUUUUCCAUGGUUUUUGCAAAAAACGCAACGAAGCGUCGCAGAUCGAGGAGCAACAGUGGCAGCAGCAGUCGGAGUUCGUCGUCACAAGACAAUCAGCUGUUUCUGGCUUCUCUCGCGGUGCGGUCUUCCAAGGUGCAGCGGGGAGUGGAGCGGCCCACAUCACCUCACGCCGCUGGUCCUGCCGCCAAGCGAGCCAGGAUGAACGUUGAUUGUAAUGUUCAUUACUCGGGAAGUCGGUCAGUUGCUCAGCGCUUGAAACAGUGUUCGCUGAAGGAUCUCAACAGUGCGACAUCCAAUGGUAAUGUUGCAUUCAAGACACCCAGUUUACCCGGUUGCAAACCAUCACCAAAGCUCACACCAAAGCAGCAUAACACUGUUCGAAUAAUUGCACAAUACCUCCGGGAUUUGGGAUUGAAAGAAUCCCUGGACGCUCUCACAGAAGAAAGCGGCUGCAAAGUCGAAAAUGCAAACGCAAGAAAAUUGCGAGAGGCUAUCUAUAAAGCAAAAUGGGACGAUGCAAUCGCUGUUUUGGAAAAGUGCUAUGCGAAUCUCAAACCACAUCAGCUCGAGACCGCCAAAUUAAUCAUACUAGAGGAGAAAUUCUAUGAUCUUUUGCAUGCUGAUAAUACACCGAUGGCCUUGCGAUUACUUCGUGAAGAAUUUCCGAACACACCAGUUGUGCGGGAAAAGCGUUCGAGUAUGAUCCGCAUGCUUUUCAUGGACAAACAACAGUUAGCCGAAGUUCCUGAAGCGAUGCGCUACAGAACAAAGAAAGAUCGACGCAAACUGGUUAUCAAAGUGCAGCGAGUGUUACCUGCUACCUUUAUACUUCCGCCAGCUAGGCUCGAACAACUAUUGGAUCAAGCACAUGCUACCCAAGUUUCAAAGUGUCGGGUUCACCUAAAGAAAGAAACAUCGGAAGGCUUAGAAGCUCCAGAUAUCUUCGUCGACCACAGCUGUCAGAAACGAUCGUCACGGGGUUACAUCAAUACCCAGACUAUUGGUGAUCAUAAGUGUGAGGUGUGGUGCGUCGAAUUCUCGCCUGACGGUAAGCUACUAGCCAGUUGCUCGAAGUCAAGUCGUAUUUUCAUCCAUACGGUUGCAUCCGGAGGAGAAAAGGUCGAAUUGUUACAUCUCUUAUCUGGUUAUGACAAUGCUGAUGUCGUAUCAUGCAUGAGUUGGAGCGGCGACAGUAAAUUGUUAGCUGUUGCUUGUACCGAACAAGCCCCCUUUGACAUCAUGGUCUUUGCCGCUAAGGAAGGGCGAAUGCUACGCACCAUUGACAACUUGCCGAAUUCUCUUUUUACCACUUGUGCCUUUUUCAAUGCUCCCAACUAUUAUCUCAUUGCCGGAGAUGAAAGAGGGCAUUUACAGAUUUGUGAUAUCAAACAACCCUCAGAAGGACAUGUCCUUGGACUUUGGGAAGGUUACCGCAUCCGCGGUGUGUACGGCAUGAGCGACUGUGUCACAGUUCUCGCCUCCGACACGCAUCAUAGACUUCGGCGGUACCGUUUUGAUAACAGAGUCGACGAGACAGUGUUUACAGAAGAGGUACCAAUCAUCUCUUUCCGGGUACAUCCUAAUGAGAGGUUCGUCCUCACAACUACACAACGAAACCUUCGAAUGUGGGAUUUACAGUCGAAGACACUGGUUAGGAAUUUCUAUGGAGCUCAACAAGGAAAUCUCGUAAUACACGCUGGUUUUGGUGGAAUUAACCAUGGUUACUUGGCUACAGGAACUGAAGAUCACAAAGUUGUAAUAUGGAGCAUCGGAAACAGCAAGCAUACCAUGAGGUUACGAGGACAUAAACGUGUAGUCAACGGAGUGACUUGGAACCCGAAAUAUCCCACGUUGCUAGCGAGCUGUUCGGAAGACAUGACAGUGCGCAUAUGGAAUAUAGCUCGUAACGAUCUGCCUCCUGAACCACCCACGUCUAAAAAGAAGGGUCACAAGAAAAAAACGGGUAAACAACAACCGGCGAAUGGCAAGGACAAGAAAAAUGGAACCACAUGACAAAGAAUCUCAUCCAUGGUUGUGUCCACUUUCUCACUGUCUGGUCACUUAAAUGGUAUUUAUGUAUCGUAUUUCAGCACUCGUACUAUGUCACGAAUCGUGUCUUUACAAUUCAUAGGGUAUUUCUUUUAGCGUUGAAAGCGUUCGUUAGCUUUUUUUUUAUCCAAUUUGAGUCGACGUGCACAAAGCUCUGAACAACUGUGUGCCUUAGUCUGUGAAUGUUAUUAGCAUGCGAUUCAGCAAGCGCUGGUCGCUUUUGAGUCGGUGUCCCUACAAUCUGUGAAUAUUACCAAACUGUGUAUAAUGAAACUGCUUGUUAUACCUGUAAAACUUGUAAUCAUAAUCAACAAUAUCCAGUGAAAGUGCUGGUUGAUCGCAACGUUCGGAUAUGUUCUUCCUCCUCAUUGCCGUUCUAUGUAGACUUUCACUUUGUUUCUAUGGCAAUUAAUGAGUUACAGUCAAACCUCAAAAUCGGCUUUUUUAACGCUCAGGAUUCUAAGACUCGCCGACAUACGUCGAAUGAAUGUACAUGUAUAGAAUUUUAUGUGAAUGAAUAUGUGAUUCAGUGUUGCUGUUUUGUUGAAGCAUUACCAUUCAUUGCAUGUAUAAACGCUGUAAGCUU